AUGGCAAGAAAAGCAAUUGCUAUAUGCAAGCUGGCUAGAGGUCCCACACUGAUUGCAAGAUAUUGGUACAUAGCAGUUAGGAAAAAUUAUACCACAAACUUCCAUAUAAUACAAGAAUUGAAAGAUGAAGGCCAGGAAAUAUGGGUAAAUACGUACAGUUCAUACCUUCCUGGAUGUUGGACCACAUUAGCAAAGAUAUUGAACCAGAAUGAAGCUACCAUCACUGACUAUGGUGCUGGUAUGGGAGGCAAACAUGGAUAUAUAGGCCAUAAUGAUUGUGAUCAAAUAAGGGCAUUGAAUAUAUGUGCAUUCUAA